GCUGAGGCCCCGCCCCCUUCCCACCGCGAGGCCCCGCCCCCCCUUCCGCCGCCGCCCCUCCGUCCGCCGCCGCCGCCGCCAUGAGCGGGUGGGCGCCGUACGUGGACAGCCUGAUGGCGGACGGGACCUGCCAAGACGCCGCCAUCGUGGGUUACAAAGAUACCCCAGCCGUUUGGGCCGCCACGCCCGGGAAGACGUUCGCUAACAUCACGCCCGCCGAGGUGAACGCGUUGGUGUCUCCGGAGCGCGGAGCUCUGCUGGUGAACGGGCUGACGUUGGGAGGGCAGAAGUGCUCCGUCAUCCGGGAUUCUCUGCUGGUGGAUGGGGAACACACCAUGGAUCUGCGGACCAAAAGCACCGCCGGGGCGCCCACCUACAACAUCACCGCCACCAUCACCAACAAGAGUGAGUCCUGGACCCCCCUAUAACCCCCCCUCCUCCCCCAGGACCAGCAAGAGU